UGGGUCAGAAAUUAGCUAUGGCGAAGUCCCCGGUCCAGCUCUGGCGCGUGUGGCGGGCCUGGUUGUGAGGAUUCGCAUCCGCCACGCUCGUCGUCGCGGGCAUCUUCGCCGCCGUCGAGACGAAGCUGGACUCACAGGCUCAGUGACGACGGCGACCGCGAGCGAGCGAGGUAGCGGAGCUUUGUCCUUCCGACUCGCCGGAUUCAGGUUUUACAUCCCGCGCCUCUGCGGCCACUGCUUCACUUGCACUGGACUGGACCCAAAGUUUUGCAUCGAAGCUCAUCGCUACGCAUGCUCUGUAGCAACCACGGAUCGCCUCGCUGAUCGGGCGUCUUGUCUCGUCGCGUCGACUUUAGGGUGGUUUCUUUGCGAUGGAGUUGAUGUUCUAGAGCUCUUGGUAAUAUAUUGCUGUGGGUUUCAUCAUGGUUGUACUUGUUCAGUCCCGUGAUUCGACGUUUAGUGUCCUGCUUCUCCUGGUCGCACUGGACUAGCUCCACCAGCGUUCAUGCUCUAUAAUUUGGCCCUGGAUUCAGGUAGUUGUGUCAUGAGGUCUGGUGAUUGAUGUAAGUCGAUGCGUGGUCGGGGCGACGUAGAAUGCGGUUUUGUUUUGGGAGGGUUGGAUUUCGUUACAAUGAUCGGGGUUGGUAAGGGGAGGAUGUAGUCUCUGUAUUGCAUUUUGUGAAGGAGUCAGAGAAGCGUGGAAGUGGUUUCCUUUGGCAAUUAGCUGUGGGUAACAGUGAUGGUUUCAGCUAGAUGAUUCUGAGAAGCAAUGGAUUUAAGGGAGAGUGUUCGCAGAGAUUACGCCUCGACAUUGAGCAUUUGGCUGGAGUCACCAAAUGGAAGCUGGCUAAGGUUAGGAGCAUCGAAUGGUGGACAAGAGUGCCAUAGAGUAGAUUGUAGCACCCUUUAGUUGGGAAUAAUAUCACUGGUCGAAAUACUAUGAGCAUUGUUGGAACACAUGUUAUUGAAAGCUGUUUCAAAUCUCGUUCAAAGGUCGUAAAUCGCAUGUAGUAUCCACUUUGAAUCACGUUUAAGGUUUUGACAGACGUAAUGUUGAUUCAAACGUGUUUUGGAUCACAUGCAAAGCUUGUACUGAGAUAAAUUAUCGACAUGCGUCGCAUUGCAUCUACAUCUAUGAGAGAUAAGCGGCCUUAACGUCUACGCGGCUAGGAGAGAAAUUGCUUUGGAACCUGGUGGCAAUCCAGUCCUGUUCUUAAUUGUGCUUCUAACUGGCGGUACAAGAUAGGUCUGUCUCGAGUCUCAUCGUUUUUUAUUUGUUCACUUUUACCCGCUCUGGUGACACUUUCGACGCUUGCCUAGACUUGCCUUGAGAAGCCAUGGGGCUGCCCCAAUUGCGAGUUGCUACAGCACCAACACCAUCCUUCUGUGUAAGUCGGAGGUUUGAAGAGGGCAAGAAGUCACUAAACUUUGUCUCAAGCGAGAAGAGAUGGAAGCCGCUCCAGGUCGAAAUGACCACCUCCCCGCCCAGGGAGAGGCAUCCGAGUACUGGAAUUUGCGAUCCCCUCCGUGAGGCAACGUCACCGUAUCAACACUGGAAUCGACAGCCGGAGCACAUCCCGGUGGAGAAACUGGAGGUCAUAGCUUCUCUAAACAAUUGGGCUCAAGAGAACCUUCUCCCCAUGUUGAAACCCAUGUUGAAGUCAUGGCAACCUCAGGAUUUUCUCCCCGACUCUUCAUCGGAUAGUUUCUUCGAGGAAAUUCUGGAGCUGCGGUCUCGUGCCAAAGAGCUCCCAGAUGAUUACUUGGUGUGCUUGGUCGGUGACAUGGUUACUGAAGAAGCUCUUCCCACGUACCAGACGAUGUUAAACACUUUCGAAGGCGUAAGGGAUAAGACUGGGUGCAGCCCAACGCCAUGGGGGGUGUGGAUUCGAGCAUGGACAGCAGAGGAGAAUCGCCAUGGAGAUUUGUUAAAUCGGCAUCUCCACCUUUCCGGAAGAGUGGACAUGCGAAUGGUAGAACGAACAAUCCAGUACUUGAUCGGAGCAGGCAUGGAGCCUCACAUUGAUCUGAUUCUUUACAAUGGAUUCAUCUACACAUCAUUCCAAGAACGUGCAACGUUCAUAUCUCACGGAAACACAGCUCGACAUGCCAAAUUGUUUGACGAGCACAAACUGGCCACAAUCUGUGGCAUCAUUGCCUCGGAUGAGAAGAGGCACGAGAUCGCAUACAGCCGCAUUGUUGGCAAGCUGUUUGAACUGGAUCCAAACGGUGCAAUGUUACCGUUCCUGGAGAUGAUGAAGAAGAAGAUCACCAUGCCUGCGCAUCUCAUGCACGAUGGAGAGAACGACAGCCUCUUCGAUGACUAUGCAGCAGUUGCCCAGCGAUGUGGAGUGUACACAUCGGUGGACUACGCCAGGAUCAUAGAUCAUUUAAUUUCCUACUGGAAUUUGGGUACCUUGACAGGACUGUCAAGUGAUGCUCAGAAAGCGCAAGAUUUCUUGUGUAGGCUGCCAGCUCGCAUCCACAGGCUUGCGGAACGAUCUCUCAAUCGAGCUAGAAGCGAGAUUCCACCGAGGAGGACAUUCAGUUGGAUCCACAACAAAGAGGUCGAUUUACUAUGAGCUGACCAAUGUUGAGGUCCCCACAUUGUUCUGAAUUGUCGCCAGUCUGAUUCCCCAACAUCUUGACUUGCAUCAGCCAUCUGCUUUCUCCAAGUGGUAUCGGAACUAAUUUGACGCAGCAAUAAAUUAUCAACAAGUAUGCUCGAAAUACUUUCAUGUAAAGCUCUGUGUAUAUGUAAUCUACCGCUGGAUUCAUAUGCAGAACUUUGUUAGCAUCGUAGUGAAUGCUAACUUUGGGAGUUGCUUCAUGUCAACAUCUUAUUAACCCCUCUAACCGCGUCAUCCAGUGAAAUGAGUGAGCUCAGAUUAUCCAUCUGCUCUACACUGAUCCCCACCAUCACACGAACCAAGUUAUAUGCAGUAUUAUUUAGGGAUAGGUUUUUCUCCCAAUCGUAUUCAGCGUUUUCGGGAAAGUUCCAAAGUGACAUUGGCUGCACCUUUGAGAUGGCCAACGCAUGUGGUGUUGCAAUAUUUUGAUCCAUCAACGACGAGCUUUUUGACAUUCA